AUGCCUCUGGUGUGUAGGCAGCUUGGCUGCGGAAAGGCAGUAUCAGCCCCAGGCAAUGCUUAUUUUGGGAGUGAAUCUGGGACUAUCUGGCUGGACAACGUUAACUGCAAUGGGGAGGAGAAGCUCUUCACUGAGUGCUCGCUGCAGGCUUGGGGAGAGCACAACUGCAGGAACAGCGAGGACGCAGGCAUUGUGUGCUCAGGUUGGCCCAAGGACUGCAGUGAGGUCUCCGCUGGCAGCCCCAGUGGCAUCUACAUCAUCCAGCCCACAGGGCUGCAGCCCAUCGUGGUGUACUGUGAAAUGAAUGUGACGGGCAGGGGCUGGAUGGUCAUCCAGAGGAACCGGCAGAGCACAGAGAUCACCUGGGCUGAGUCCUGGAGCACCUACAAGUAUGGCUUUGGGAAACUGCACACCAAGUACUGGCUGGGCACUGAGUACAUCCAUCAGAUCUCCAGACAGAAGCUCUACCAGGUCAGGUUUGUCAUCUGGGAUGCUGCAAACAACACCAAGUUUGCAGACUACAACCUCUUCAGCCUGGAAGAUGAGUCCCACGGCUACCGGCUGAGGCUGGGAACGUACUCUGGGUUGGCAGGGGACGCCAUGACCACAAACAGUGCUUCCACUGUGCACGACAACAUGAAGUUCUCUGCUAAAGAUCUGAAUCAGGACACUUACAGUGGGAACUGUGCCUCCAGCUACGGUGGCGGGUGGUGGUACUCUGUACGGCUGAAUGUCAAGGGGGCCAUAACAUGGGGCAGCCUGUGUAAUGGGAACUGCAAAGCUUCUGCCAUCUUCAUCAAACCAGCUUCCUACUGCUAGUUGCAUUUUCAUUUCCUUUCUGUCCAACCUGAGGCUAACUCUGUCUCUGCAAAGAGGUGGAAAAAGGCAAAACAUGUCACGGCCAAACCCGGUGUCCUAGAGGGUCUUUGUUGAGGUUGGCCAUAUCCUACCUACUGAAGAAAAUAAGGCAUUUCCCACUUCUUCUCUCUCCUGUAGAUUCCCUCUACUCCUCAACUGUGCCUUUAUCCUUUUGUUCAGAGUCAGAUCAUUUUAAUUAUGUUAAUAAUCAGAACAGUCUCUUGCAAAAUCUGGAGUUUCCAGAUCUGUAGUGUGCUUCAUAUAAAAUGUGAAACAGCCAACCCA